AUGGAAACUCUGGAGAAAGGACAUCAGAGUCCUGGUGUCAGUGAAUCGACGUCGGGGAGUCUAGUAUCUGGCCUUGAAAAUGGCGGGCCUAUCACUACGGUGGGAACCAGUUACGAUGCCGCAGGCAACCAUUCAAAAAAGAGCACCAACGAUAAUGAUCAGGAACUUCAAGUUCCUGACGCUCGUGAUUGGAACAUGAAGUACAAACUCUUUGUCUCGCUCAGUGCGAUCUGUGCAUACUUCGUCAUUACUUUGACAACGUCAAUUUAUAUAGCAAGUAUCCCCGGAAUAAUGCUCGAAUUCCGGGUCGGCCAAACAUUGGCCAUUGCCCCCAUCACAUUCUACGCAAUCGGCUUUGUUAUCGGACCAAUUUGCACCUCCGCGCUCUCAGAGGAAUUUGGAAGACAGUACAUCUAUAAGAUUUCUUUAUUCUUGCAUCUGGUGUUUACCAUUGUCGGUGGCUCGGCGCAGAACUUUCGGACUUUGGCCGUUGCCCGGGGUAUUUGCGGGAUUGUGGGUUCACCCUGCGUGACCGUUUUCUCGGGUCUGUUGAAUGAUCUUUGGAAAAUGCCUGAGGAUAAAAUGGGUGUCACCUUGCUUGCUAUUACUGGUAUCAUGGGCGCAGUUGCGAGUGAGAUUGGACCUCUUGCUGGCGAGGCGAUUGUUGUCGACCGUGAUUGGCGCUGGACCUUUUGGUUGACUGCAAUGCUGGUGGGGGUUUGUUUCAUAGCUCUGGUCUCGGUGCCGGAGACGUAUAAGCCCGAGAUCAGGAGGAAGAUGAUGAAAUUGCCCCGGAAGAAUUUGUGGCAUUGUCUUGGCCCUUCUCUUGCGCGUCCGAUGCAGUUGCUCUUACUGGAGCCCAUCAUCUUCCCCACCGCGGCUAUCGUCGCUAUGGGCCAGGUUGUGGUUUUCGUGUUUUAUGCGAGCUAUCCUUUAGUCCUUGCAGAGGUUUAUCAGUUCAGCCCUUAUGAGAUUGGGUUGGCUUUUAUUCCAUUGAUCAUUGGUAGUCUGCUGGCAAUGCCUAUCAUAUCAGCGGUGAUGAAGAGAAGGGAAAAGUCCUCGAAUCCCCAGCCCGAGGAUUCGCUUCCUGCGGGGAGUAUCGCAGGCAUCCUGUUACCUAUUAGUCUUUUCUGGCUUGCAUGGACAGCUCGAAGCGGUAUUCAUUGGAUAUGUCCCCUCCUUGCUGGAGGCCUCUAUGGGUUAGCAUUCGCGCUAUCUCAGUUGGUCUACCCACUUUACAAGAAUGAGGUCUAUGGAGCCGAACUCGGGGCUUCCGCAUUUGCAGUCGACGUCGCAAUGCGGUACACAUUCUCGUCUGUCUUCCCUCUAUUCACUAUUCAAAUGGUUAGGCGGAUUGGCUUUGACUGGACCAUCUCACUUUGUGCGUUUAUCCUGUUAGCGCUGGCACCUGUUCCUUUUGUACUUCAAAGGUACGGGCCAACGUUGCGGGAAAGAAGUCGGUAUGUUCCGAAGACGAGACAGAGCGCUCUGCGGGAUAUGUCAGCGUAA